GGUGCCUCGGGUGGCUCUCCUCCGCGCUGAGUGCUCUCUUGCCUCCGUGAGGCCGACGGAAAGGAAGUCCUGGGUGGUAGAAUAAGACUUCUGGCGGUGCGGGCAGACUCACUUGUUGGGAGCCGUAAGCAGGAAGCUGUUUCAUCUAGCAAGGACACCUUGUGGAACGAUCGCCCGAGAACGCCUGCUUCUCUACCGACUUAAUUUCCAGAAGGGAAUUCAAGGAUACCAUAUAACAGAUGACCAUGAUAUCUUUCUUUUCCUGUGGAUUGCUUUCAUGGACCUCAGUUCAGUGUGGUUCCCUGAUCACAAACAAGUGAUCUUCAAAUAAUCGAUUUUGCAAGACUAAAAACCUUUCCUUAAUACUGCAGAAACUGUGCUAGAUCACUAAAGAGACUACUUCGGUAUAUGAAUUUCACAAGGACAAUGGAUACCAAGUUUCAAGAAGCAGAAGGAUUUGGGGAGGAAGCUUCAGGAAAGAAGAAGUCAAAGUUUAAAUCUAUUAAAAAGUUCUUUGGGAAAAGAAAAAGGAAAGAAACAUUAGCAUCUUCGGGAAGUGGUAAUAUCAAUGCAUGUCAGUCUGCAAUUGAUAUCACAGCCACACAGUCUAGGCAUAUAGAUUAUGAUUCUGAAGAUGAUCUCAAGAUGCACAGAACUAUUAUGGGAAACAGAGCUUUGUCACAUGACAGCAUUUUCAUUUCUGAGAUUCCACAAGAACCACCUAGACCAGCCCGAGUAUUUUCUCAGGAAAAUAUUUCUGAUCGAAUUAGGGCUUUGCAGGUGAAACUCCAGCAAAACUGGAAGCUAGGGCUCUCCUCUCCAUUUGGAACUCCUUCAAAAAGACAAGAGGAUGCUGGAAUGAGUUCAGAAGAUGAUGGGUUACCCAGAAGUCCACCAGAAACCUAUCUGCUACAAGAAAUUUUAAAUCCCAAUACACCAAAGUUUUCUGAUUCUCACAAGCAUCAUAGCUCUUUGAGUUUAGCUGGAACAGGCAGUGAAGAAGAAGAACAGGUCACAAAAAGUCCUUCAAGAUCCUGUUCUACAGAAAGUCAGCUGCUCUCCCAUCAGUCAAGAGCUAAAAUUAUAACUCAACAUACAUUUGAUAGCAGCCGUUUGCCUCCUGCUGAUUUUGAUACUCUUCCGGAAUUAUCCUCUUGCUUGGACAAUUCUGCUGCUAAGCACAAGCUUUCAGUAAAACCACGGAACCAGAGAUCUAGUAGAAUAAGAAGACUACCUUUGGGGAAACUAUCUGAGUCUCAGAAUGACAUGAUCUGUACCCUUGAGGAAGACGAAAGUGUUGGGAAAGAAGUGCUGGUUGAAAAGUCCUACAAAGGUGUGACUUCCAGCCCCCAGGAACUGACUGACAGCACAGCUCCAUCCAAUAUGGUCUCCUCCGAGCUUCAGCUUAAUUUGAGUCAGACAGAAGAAAAGCCUCACACGUCACACUCCACUUCUGUGAUGGACUCAUGUUCCAGUGAGAACUCUUCCAAGGGCUGCCAAUCUGUCCAGGGAUUAAUACACACUAUAAGGCAAUCUUCAGCUUCUGACCAUAAAGAAAAUAUUGCUACUCCACAGCAUGAAAAAAAGCACUGUGAGAUGCCCCCUAAGAAUUUAAAUGAUGUGCCCCUAAGUAUUUUAAACCAAGAAAAUAAACAGAUUUCUGAUACUCCAUCAAAAAAUGACAUGAGAACUGCUAAGAAUAUCUCUGCCAAAAAUUUUGUGAUUGCUGAAUCAGAUGAAUCAGGAAAAAAAUUACUGAAAGAUACUAAGGAACUUUUGGAAAGUAUUUCUAAUAAGGAAGCUCCAAAGGGAUCUUCUUUAUUGCCCAAUUCCAUCAUUUUUUUAUCUCAAAAUCCUUCCCAGCUUCCAGAUUUACUCCACUCAGAGAAUAGCAGUAUUUCCCAGGCUUCGUGCAGAGCCUCUUCACUGGAAGAGAGACAUUCUUUGGCUCAAGACAAAAUGAAAGCAGCUCAAGAGAAACCAGAAUCUAAUUAUGAAUACCUCCUCCCAGCUGUAUCUGAUGGUGUAUUGGGAGGGAAAGCAGAGAAGGAAGCCAAUGACCUUUGUGGCUUGAGAAAGUUUUCAGUGUCAUCAGCCCGGUGGAGAGCUAGAUCUAACAGCCUGAACAUGAAGGACAUUUCAGAGUGUGAGAAGCCACCUGCCAUGCAGGUAAAUUUCUCCAUAAAUGGUGAAAAAGUGAAGAAGGAUGUGGAGGUGAACUCUUCACAAGAGAAAAAAAGGUACAUUAAUAAACAGAAAUCCUCAUCAGAGUCAGAAUCUGAAAUUCCUGGUAGAGCAUUAGACUCAAUUACUAUUGCCUCACAGUCUUUGGGUUCAAAACCAGUAUUGAGCAACUCUUUUGGUAAUCUUCUGCAGCUGUCAAGUCCAGGUCAUUCAAGUGGUGAAGGCCAAAAUCCCUUUCAAGUCAAACUUAGGUCCACAUCUUUAUCACUGAAACACAGAGACAUUACACAGGAAUCAAAGGAAUCUAAAGGAGAUAAUGCUGAACUUAAUUUAGAAAAAGAGGAGGUGACUUUAUCUUUUCUGAAGGUUGAAAAAGGAGAAAUCAGAAACACAAUUGAUGAAAAUGUCACUGAUUUGUUCAAUGAAAGCUUCAAAGCUAAAUUAAAGUCCUCUGAACAGGGCAGCACAAAACCUCCACUGCCUAGAAAACCUGUUCUGCAGCACAUCAGUAUUACUGGCAUUAACACAAGCGCAGAAAAGCAGGAAAAGACAACCAAAUAUCCAGAAUUUAAAACUGAAGGCAGAAAUGUGGAAAAGAAACAGAAUCCCUCUGAAGUGCCUGAGACAAGUGUGUCUUCUCCUGUGAUUGCUACAGACUCUGCAAGAACAACUGAAAUGCCAGCUUGGAUUAGCAUAGCAAAGCAAAAGCAAAGGGUUGUAGAACAAGAGCUUAGCAAAGAAGAGAAGCCAGUGGGACAGGAUAAGGCAGAUGUAGAAAAACAAAUAAAAGAGAAGGAAACAAUGGAGGAAGCAGUGAGGCAACAGUCAUAUUUCCUUCAGAACACAGUCUCACCUUCCCCAUUCACGGUUUCUGCUGAAGAAACGAAGAAGGAAACGAAGCUGGAUAUGCAAGACUCUUCACCAAGAAAUAGCUUGUUACCCCAUCAGAGCCCUGCUCAGCCAUCAGUGCCGACUGAAAAAGAAGAUAUAAAACCACUUAGGAAGGUCGGUCAUUCUCCAGACCAACCCUCAUGGAUGGAACUUGCCAAAAAGAAAUCUCAAGCAUGGAGCGACAUGCCACAGAGGAUAAAGUAGAUACAUCAUUUUGUACUGCUUUUACACAUCGGCACUCAAAAGUGGAUCAUAUGUUUUAGUAAAACAAAAGUGCUAAUUUAUCAAGCUAAACUGAUUGAAUUGAUAAGGAUAAUAAACCUAUGGUACACCAAAGAGGCCACAAUGCAAGAGGUUCAGAAAUGUUGAUCACAUUUGUGUAUGUUUAAAAAGUUGCUAUAGGAUAAUUCUAGAAAAUAACUACAAGCAAUUUAGCUUUGGCAAGAAAUUAUUCUGAUGUGAAAAAUAUUGCUUAUUGUGCUUCCUUUCAUUCUUUCACCCACAAAAUGGUAUGUCAUGGAUAUUUUUAGAAAAUUAACUAAAAAUUAGAUAACUGUUGCUUUAAUACAGUGAGAAUAAUUGUCCAGUCAAAAUGUCUUUGCUGAGCUACUAUAGAGUAGAACAAAAAUGUCUUUUCACAUACAGGUAAAGCAUUUUAAUGUGAUAGAACAUUAAUGAAUUUUU